CUUUUACCACGACUCUAUUCCUUCCUUGUCAUCAUCUUCAGCAGCGAGCUCAGCGUUUCUCUUCCCCUCAUUCCUUUAAAGACGCCUGAGCCGACGACUUUAAGCUCUUUCUCUCGAUAUGGAACGUCUCUGUGACGAUGUCCUUCAGCUAAUAUUCUUCGAGCUCACUGACCCAGGCUCUCUUACCAUGGUCUCCAAACGUUUCUACCAGUUCUCUCAAGUCCCUUACGUCCGGGCCCAUUACUUCCUUACCCGCUAUGGCCCAACCCAGGCCAUGUUUCAAGCCCUCGGUCGAGGGAAAAUUCUCACAGAGAGUGUUCUUGACAUUUUGAUGACCAGCGGUGCACACCUCUCGCGAUAUCUAAUACAGGUUGCCUUCCAUCACUACUUCCAUACUCGGUCGCACUUCAUCAAAACACCCUGGGUGCGGACCGUCCCUCUCUCGGUAUUCACGUAUUUUCUGAAGCUGGCGGCGGAUACGUACGGUGAUAUACCUCGAGGCAAGUCGGAAGACGAUGGUACCAUAUUCACAUGGUUUCUCCAAGAAAGUCGGUUCCCACCGCAAGCACGACGAGUUAAUUGGGAGACUGUACGGGAUAUUCUCGACAAGUACAAUUUCAUCCCCUUCUCUCACAAGGACCCUCUGAUGGCCCAGUUUCCGUUGGCACUGGCAUUAGAGCCACGCUUGCUCCCCUAUGCGGUAUCUAAUGGUUUCUUCAUGGACAGCAAGUACCGAAAUUUCAUUUUCCGAAAGAUGUUCGAAAAAGUGUCGGGGAGGAGCGUUGAUGAUGUUGUAAAUAACGUCAAAGAGCUUUGCAGGCUUGAUCUCACGAUGUAUAUGAGCCGCACAGUAGCCGCAGAGGUAUGUAUGGAGGCGAAGUACAAUGCUCAUGGCUACGCGGCUUUGAAGCAGCUAAACAAAUCAGGGAACUUACUCUUUGAUCUUUCGACUCUUGUCGAGGACCUUUUGAAACUCUUUCUGAAAACCUCGUCAAUAACAUUGCCGCAGACUCAAGAGGCUCUUCAACAUCUCUACGCCGAUUUCCCUUCUUCUGAUCCUGUUGUUCGGCUGGUCAUGCUUAUGACGGUCUUCACUCCUGGAGACUCCCGGGUGAAUACCGCCACCAUCCAAGAACGCCUUGACACUCUGAAGAUUGGUGUGUUGACCAAGACGGACCUGCACAAUCUCCUAAUAAACCCCUACACGGAAAAGUAUCAAGGACUGAUAGAGUACAUGGGCAAGGAAAUGAUUUCAGAGGUGACCGGGCAGAAAGGAAUGACCGCCGCAGAGGUAAAAGACAUUGUCCAUGAAGUUACCGGUCGAUGUAUGGAGAUUGAAAGCAAGGGCAAGAUGUUGAAGAAGCUCUAUGAGGAAUUUUCUUGUGUCCGUGGCGCCAUCAUAAAGUCGGCUCUGGGUACUCACCAACUGCACUUGGCCGAUCUGCCUGUCGGCUGUUCGCGCUACCACGCUAGACUCUGCCGGUCUUACUUCAGGACUAAUGACGACAAUGAAUACUUCUGGAACGGUCGUCCGAAUCGCAAGGUUAUUCCACGCGAAACUCAUGGCAAGGGAUGCUCUUCUUCUGAGUUGGCAUCAGCUAGUUCCGCGGAAGAGGUUGACCGUGAAAUGGUCUCUCCGCGUCAGGUUCUUGUGCGUCUUGGUCAAAUUGGGCAAGAACCUUUGUCGGCUAUGAUCCGACAAGAUGAGUUGACCCCAGCAAGGUCGCGCCGAAGAAUGAUCUUUGACGCGAUACCUGUCACCCCUCCUACAUAUAUCCCUCAUGACCAAAUGCAUGUUGCUAAAUGGAUUAAAGCUGAAUUCGGUCCCAGAAGCAGCGUAACGGCCGUUUUUAUGACUCACGCCAUUAUUAACGAAAAUUCAGUGAUUCUUAACGACUACCUACUUGUUGCCGGACGUGCUCAACGGGUACCGAUAACGCUCAAACACUUCCAAAUACUCGCCCGCCUACAAAGAGCACCCUGUAAUCAACUAUACCGUGAAAUAGAGUCGGGUGCAGAGUUCUUCUUGAACGAGGACGAAUACAUACCCAAGUCCGACCAUGCACGGAAGCUUUACACUAAGGUUGAAGUGAAAAAGGAGUCUUCGCCGGCCAAUAUCCCUGUCAGUUCAGUGACACAAGAACAUGACGCGACCUCUGGGUCUCCUCGUGGGAGGAAAAGACCCCGUAGGAGUACGGCGAUCACAGUUCGAUCUUACUUUGUUCCCGGCUCAGACGACGAGGCCAUUGCUGUUGAAGAUGACGAAGACUACGAUAUGAAAAUGAAGCAAGCGGAGGAGAACCUGCGCCUGUGGGUGAAGCAUUUGGCCGAGCUGUUGAAGACGGAACAAGCCAAGCAUCAAGAGCAGAAGAAGAAGCUCAUGAAGGAGGCCGGACCCGGGGCAAGGGUCCGUGUGUAUAAGAAUGAGUUUUUCAGAUCUCUGUCGACACAUCUACGUCUGUUACGCAAGAUUGACGAAGACAAGCGCAAAGGACUUGAUUAUAUGACGGAUCACGGUCCUAGUGACGUGGAUGACGAGGAUUAUUAUCGCCAGACUUCAAGGUCUAAGAGACGCAAAACCUCAAAGUAACGAUUUUUCUAGUUCCUUGUAUCAUUGCAUUGCAUUAACCAUUCAUGAUACUUAUAUAUCCACUCAUAAUAUUAUAUAUCCACUCCUCAUCAUGCUCAUAGGGCCUCUUCAUCAAUAUCACACUUUUAUCUUACUGUAAUAU